AUGGCGGCUUCUCUACUGCUCCGCAGCGGCCUAUCGGCCUCCAUCGCACCGCGCUGCUCGCCCUCCGCCACCCACAGUAAGCCCGCCCCUCUCGCGGACCGCCUCUCCUCCUCCGCGGCCUUCGUGCCCUCCUCCCGUCGACACCGCCUUCACCUCCCCGCGCACCGACCAUCCGCGCGCGUGAACCAGCAGCGCCACGCGCCCGCCGCGCCCAGGGCAUCCGUGCAGACCGUCGAAGCUGCGCAAUUGCCGCAGACCUGGUCCGCGUUUUCCGCCGCGAUCACCGGGGAAUGGGCGGGGUACUCAUCGGACUUCUGCCCCGACGGGAUAGAGACGGAGAUCCCGAGGGAGGCCAUUCCGCCGCCCUUUUGCGACUGGGGCCUCGCGCUCUUCGCGUGGCAAGCGCACAGCUCCACUAACGCGGAUGCUUCUACCGGGGAAGUCCAAACCGUCUCCGAGCGCUUCCUGCCGUCGCUUGGCUUUGGCGGCGCGGCGUCGCGCUACAGCUUGGAUCGGCGCGCGGCGGGGAUCGGGCAGGACGCGGCGGGCGUGCUGGGCUUCCGCGACGACGGGUGCUACGCCGUCGCCUGGCCCGGGAAAUCCGUUUCCGAGCCUGCUUCCGAGCCUGGCGUGAACGCGGCUCACGUAGUGGUUCGGCAGGGGAGCGGCAGCGGCGACGCGUCGCAGUUCUUCGAGUUGGAGCACUGCCUCGUCGCGGAAAACGCGGACGCGCAGGCCGACGGCAAGCCCGAGCGCGUGCGCGUGCGCGUGGUGCAGCGUUUUCAGAAGGGCGCGGGGGCGGCGGGCGGGGUGGGGGACGAGGGGCACCUGCCGCAGCUGCUGGGCAUGACGCUGUUCCGCGAGCGGUGGGUGGGCCAGUGGCGCGCCGAGCCCGACGGCGCGAACGAGUCGUCGGAGUUCGCGGAGGGCCCGCCCGUGGGCAUCGAGGCCGUGGAGGGGCGCUGGCUCGCCGCCGCCAUGCGCGCCGACCUCAAACUGGGCGACGAGUACGGGCGGCGGGGGGCGGUGGUGGAGCUCAAGCCGGCCGGCACAGAGGAGGUCACCAGGGAGCUCACAGACGAAGGUUCCGUGCUGCUUCCUCAGGGCGUGUGGUCGAGGGUGCUGCCAACGCCCAGUGGCGGGGUGAUUCUGAAGGCGGGGUGGCUCGUGGAGGCUGACAAGGCCAUUGUCUCUCGCUUUGACUACUCCGCCCUGGGUCAGCUCGAGAAGAGCUGUGCUUGUCGCUGCUCGAGGAGAACAGCUGUGUGCCGCCCUGUGGGGCAUGACACAGGGAGGGCAGCAGGCGGUAGAGCAGCAAUGCAAGGGAGGGCAGUCCGAGUGCGGCAUGGCGGUGCACUACGUGCUGCCUCGCCCUCAGCAGCGCUGCCAACCUGCUGCUGCGUGCAGGCGGAGGGGGGGGUGGUGCUGUGGGUGAAAGGGGAGGAGGAGGUGGGGCUGGGGCUGGCUGUGGGGGCGGGGGGCGAGGCUGGGGAGGAGGUCGGGGGGGAGGGGAGCGGAGGGGGAGGAAGGGGAGAAGGAGGGGGUCGAGAGGGAGGGGGAGGGGGUGCGGCUGAGGAGGCUGGGGAGGCGGAGGAGGGGGAUGUGAAGGGGGAUGAUGGGGAGGAGGGGGGUGAGGGGGAGAAGGAUGGGGAGAGGGAGGGUGACUUGGUGGUGGAGGGGAGGGAGGAGGAGGACUGGGAGGCAGCAGAGGAGGAGGAGGAGGAUGAGGAGGAGGAUGAGGAGGAGGAUGAGGGGGAGGAUGAGGAGAAGGAGACGGUGGGGAUGGGGGGGGAGGAGGGGAAGAGGGAGGGGAUGGAGGAGGGGAGGAGGGAGGGGAUGGAGGAGGGGAGGAGGGAGGGGAUGGAGGAGGGGAGGAGGGAGGGGAUGGAGGAGGGGAAGAGGGAGGGGAUGGAGGAGGGGAAGAGGGAGGGGAUGGAGGAGGGGAGGAGGGAGGGGAGGGAGGAGGGGAAGAGGGAGGGGAGGGAGGAGGGGAAGAGGGAGGGGAUGGAGGAGGGGAAGAGGGAGGGGAUGGAGGAGGGGAAGAGGGAGGGGAUGGAGGAUGGGAAGAGGGAGGGGAUGGAGGAGGGGAAGAGGGAGGGGAUGGAGGAGGGGAAGAGGGAGGGGAUGGAGGAGGGGAGGAGGGGGGGGAUGGAGGAGGGGAAGAGGGAGGGGAUGGAGGAGGGGAAGAGGGAGGGGGGGAUGGAGGAGGGGAAGAGGGAGGGGGGGAUGGAGGAGGGGAAAAGGGAGGGGGGGAUGGAGGAGGGGUUGGAGCUGGUGGAGUGGGAGGGGGAGGGGUAG